CCGGUAUCUAAACUCUCAAACUAUCCCCGCGCAUCAAGCUUUAAAAAGCAUUGAUACUCCUGCAAGUUUUCACUUGCGAGCUUAACUUUCAACAUAACCACAGAUGCUUCCGGCGCCUUCCUCCGGAAUGCAGAAGUCGUAACACCUCGCGCGAUUCUAUGCACCCCUUCUCUAUCCUGACGCUUGGCAUUUUCGUAGCCGGCUAUAUCACCGCUCGAUGGGACCUCGUCACCCGCCUCUAUGAACUUGCCAUCUUUGCCUGGAACUACGGAGUGGUCACUCGUGCCGCCAAGGGCUUCGCCGUCCUCAGCCUCUUUUUCCUCUUGAUAUUCCUGCCCGUGGAGCGCCUUGCGACCCGCGAGUCCGACCUACAUCCACGAUCAAUUGGAUCCGGUAUAUCGGCUAGGGAACAACUGAGGCGACGGGGGCGUGAUGGCUUGAUGCGCGUGUUCUGGCCGGCUGACCUGCCACGGUCGGACCUUCGGGGUGUAGUGGUGGGGUGGAGAAACUCGGCGCUGGAUGUCUUCGUCCUGACGAUUCUCGAGGAGGUUGAGCCUCGGAAUGUGGAAUUUGCCCUUAAGACAGGCAUACUCCUUCGCGACGCACCGCAUCCCGUUAGCCGCAUUUACGAGCUGUGUGGCCAGUUAGCCAUACAUGUCCUCGGUCUGUCCAACACACACGAGUCCGUCGAGGUUGAUCCAUCAUGGAUACGUGUCACUAUAGGGCCCGGCCGACGGGUUCCUGCCGUCACAUGUUCGCGAGCCUCGAGCAUCCAGAUUAUCCUCUUCGAACGUCCGCAUCCUGGAAGAAUGCAGUAUAUCUCUCUAAAUCCAAUCACUCUUGCAUUGGGCGACAAACAUGACAGUUUCAGGCACGACGCUCCCGAUGCCUGCGAGGAUGAUGACGAAAAGGAGGCGCGCCGAAGGAAAGAAGAGAAAAGGCACCUGGUCGAGAAGCUCAAGCAGCACUCCAUAUUCAAGCGCGUCCCAUCGGAAAAGGAGAAGGCGCUUGCCAAGAUUGUGAACCAGAUCAACUGGGCGUGGGAGCUGGAGAAGCUGCUUCAGAAGAACGUCUCGCGCAUUGGAACACGCCCUAAGAGGAGCCUCAGCGUCUCAGAGCGAGUGGUAGAGUCGGCGACCAACGCGCGAGACAUGCUCGUGGUGUGGAUUUGGAACCAGUUCACUGUCUAUGUCUGGCCCGUCAUCAAGCGGAUGUUCGUGUUGGGGCUGGUGGCUCACCGGAUUGCUGCUGAGGUACUUUUGCGCAUCCUGGAGUGGCGGGCACGGCCGAGAUAUGCCGCCCUAAAGGACGUAUCGGCCACUGCGCAGCAGGUUGAGAUCCGACUACAGCAGUUCUGCUACUGGCCGAUGCAAUAUGUCACGCUGCGGCGCCGGGAGAAUGACUGGGAUAGCGUGACAACGAGCCAUCCCGACUACAUUCGCUUUUACAACAGCCUCUGGCUGGUGGCCAACGAUGUCAUCAUCGGGAUGGCGCUAGGUUCGUACAUCAUUGACAAUGCUGACCGGGUUGCCCAACAAAUAAGCCAGCUCCUCACAGAGUACACGGUUGAGGCGCUGCAGAGUAGCAUCUCCUGGCUCAUGGGCUGGCCCGCGGGGUUGAAGCUGAACAACGAGCUUGCGGUGUUCCUCGGAGACUUGUUCCUGUGGGUUAUCGACUACUGGUCAAGUUUCAUUGAGGCACUACGUCCCAUUCUACCGCACAUCAUCUGGUUUAUCGGAUUCUCCAGCUUUGCCGGAGCAAGCAUGCCGGUGGCCCUCUUCUCAGACCUCCUCUCGAUCCUAACAGUACAUAUCUACUCGUUUUAUCUUGCCUCGGGCCGCAUAUAUCACUGGCAGCUGAACAUCCUGAUCUCGCUGUUCCACCUGUUCAGGGGCAAGAAACACAACGUGCUCAGGAACCGUAUAGACUCAUGCGACUACGACCUCGACCAGCUACUAGUCGGAACGAUCCUCUUCACCGUCCUUUCUUUCCUUCUCCCAACCGUGGUGGUCUUUUAUCUUAAUUUCGCGAUCGCACGCAUGGUCAUCAUCUCCUUGAAGGCCGUCUUUGACACAUUGCUUUCUUGCUUAAAUCACUUUCCACUUUUUGCGCUCAUGCUUAGGAUUAAGGAUCCAGGGAGGCUUCCAGGCGGUAUUCGUUUCGAACUUCGAGAUACCCAAGACUUUAAACAUUCGAUUAAUGGUUCAUCCGAGCAACUCCCUUCCACGUCUGUCAUCUAUCUGAAGUCGGUACCGCUGCAGUUCAAGGCCAUGUUCCACCAGUACUUCCAGAUGGGACAUCGGAUUCGCAAACAUUAUCUCGCUCCACGCGUCUUGCUCUGUCUGAUUACGGGCAAAUUUGUCCCGCCGCUAAACCGGAAGAAUUUAUACAGCCUCCAGUACAGCAUGCUUCCGGCUCGGAGGGCAGGUGUCAUGGAGAUGUGGAACGCGGUCAACUCGCUGCCAGAGCCGAAGAAGAGGAUCGCGCCGGUCCAUGUGCCGGUCCUCGCAAAUGGCAUGAAGCUCCCCAGUAAUUAUCGCGGAGGUAAGCCGCGGGGUUACGGGUAGGCAAUUCUGAUAGAGGAACGAAUAGAUGGAUUAGGGUCUUCUCUAAAUCUAUAACCAAGUCUCGAAAGCCAGUGAGAGCUGCGCAGCAAACACAUCCAAGGGGUGUCUAAGCCCACAAAACUCCUUUCAAAGGACUUGGAAUUUUAAGGAUAUGUUAAGC